AUGGAACUGGAGGCUAAUUGCGGAAAUGAUCGACACGACGUGAACACCUGUUUUGCCCGGCGAUUCCCAAUCUCUUACUCGAAUGCCGGCAAGAUGCAUCCCAUCUAUCGGCGUCUUGCCAUGGUCGCGCUCAUCGCGCAUCAUGUCGCGGCUUGUAGUCGCCCAUACUCUGCUUGGAUGGCCGACAGCGUCAUUGCCCGCGGUCAGGGCCUCGUUCAAGGGAGUCCAUCGCCGUCCACUUAUCUCCAAGUUGGCUUUUUUCAGUCUGCGAUUCUCCGCCUGAUCGACCACUACCGCACCCCCAAAGCGGCCUGUGCGGAAAGUGACUGGGAAGAGUAUUUACAGACUAGCACCAACAGCAUCAUCCUGUACCUCCUAAACGCUUCACAGGACACUAGCUAUCCACUUGAUCGGCUGUCCACCGGCCCGGGGUUCCUACAUCAGUAUGAGCAACUACACAUGGACGCCUCGUCCAAGUGUCUGCACUCUCUACGAGAAUCCAUCAACCUCCAGCCUCGAAACAUGCUUGGGGGUAUUGUGCUAGAUGACAUAAUUCUCCAACUUGAUCUUCUCUGGACACACUGUCGCCAAAAUGACACUGGUCUCCUUGUCCAUGGCUACGACGAGUCGAAAAAUGCAUCCUGGGCAAACCCCAUCACCGGCGCGAGCCCGAUUGUCUGGGAUCGGUCUCUGGGCUGGUAUCUGAUGGCACUUGUGGAUAGUUUAGAACUCUCUUUGUCAUUUCCACCCCACUUGGCACAUUAUCUCCGACAACGUCUCGUACAACUCGCAGACUCGGUCAUAACAGCUGCGGAUCUGACGACCGGGUGCUGGUGGCAAGUCAUGAACCACCCCGGCCAAGUAGGGAACUACAUCGAGUCGAGUGGAUCCGCGAUGUUCACAUCCGCCUUAUACAAGGCGGCCCGACUGGGGUAUCUCCCCGCAAAGCUUGCUCGGAAAGCCAGACACACCGCAGGCCGAUGCUACAGCAACCUUGUUGAUUCAUUUCUAGUCAGAAAUCAGAAUGGGACGCUGGAGUACAAUGGAACCGUGUCGGUUUGUAGCUUGAGCUCCUCGGCUUCGUAUGAGUACUAUGUGUCCCAACCCUUGCUGUACAAUAGUGUCCACGGGACGGCAGCGUUCGUGUUAGCCAGUUUGGAACAGGAGAUGUUGGAUCAAUCAUCGUGA